AUGCGCUUCAACCACUCAUUCUCGUUCCUCGCCCUCCUCGGGAUGCCGGCCCUCUCCGUCGCCACCGUGAUCGCCCGUGCCGACACCCGCUUCGGCGUCAAGCACUGGUACGGCGCCUUCUGGGACACCCACGCUCCCUGCGGCCGUGCCAGUGGCAAGGCGCCAAAGUGCCACCCCACCAAGGAGCAGUCGCUCGCGCUGCUCUGGGACCAGCUCGACAGCGCCUUUGACCAGCUCUGCCGCGACAUCACCUGUUCGGGCUCCUUUGACGUCAUGUAUCCCGGCUACAAAUGCAAGUCCGGCACACUCGGCCCCAUUGAGGCUUUCACCUUGCGCAUCGACUCCGUCUACGCCCCGGCCGACCGCGACGCCAUCAAGGCGACCUACUUGAGCACGCUGCGCAGCCUCAACAACCAGACUAGCGACUGCGAAUUCUGGGACGGCUAUAAUGUCAACCAGAUCCGUGUCGACUUUCCCACCGACAUUAACAUUAUUGUCAAGGAGACCAAAAAGGGCCCGGAGCGCUCCGCGCUGCACAUUAUGCUCGACAACCGCGGCGAGAGCAACUGCCGGAAAACCGACAGGAUGUGGAAGGCCAACAACGACACCAUUCCCGGUGGUUCCCUCUUUGGCCCCAUUCACAAGGGCAUUUGCUAUUAA